AGUCACUACAUCCGGGAAGGUUGAAAAGUAUUUGCGUUUUUUUUUUCUUUCUUACCCGCGCGUGUCUCUUGCAGACGGCGAAAAGUGAACCGCCGAAUACCAACAAAUGAGCUGCUCCUCGGGACAGUGGCGAGGUGAGACGUAAGCUAAGCGAUUAAUACAGCAAUCAUGGCCGAGGAUUCCGAGUGGAUAGUGGAGAGCAUCGCAGGAUAUCUCGGUAGCCCGGACUGGGUUAUGCCCGUCAGCGAGUUUAUUGAACAUAAAUGCUCAGUGUUUGAUGACGAGGAAGAAAAUAAACUUUCCUAUACUGAAAUCCAUCAACAGUACAAAGAAAUGGUAGAAACACUACUGGAUAAUUACAUGAAGGAAGUUGGCAUUAGUGAAGAGCAAUUUUUGCAAGCAUGUUCAUCUCCGCUAGUGAGAUCAAAGACCUUACAGAACAUGAUUCAACCGGUAAUGGCGGCAGAUGAUUUUGACAUAUUUAAGUCCCUAAUGAUUCAGAAGAACAUAGAGCUUCAGCUACAGGCACUCCGUGUAAUCCAAGAGCAAAAUGGUUCACUACCUGACUGUUUAACAGAUGGUUUAGACAUGAUGUCUGAAUUAGAGCAGCAAGAGCUAAGAAUACUGAAAGAAGUGCUGAAGAGAUCAAAAGAAGAAUAUGACCAGGAACUGGCUAAAAAAAACUGCUAUGGAGAGGAAGCUGGGUCAGCUUCAAACAGUAGCAAAGACAGGAUGAGACCGGCUAGUGUCUGUCAGCAGGAAGUCAAUCUUAAAAAACAGCUUGAUAAAGAGAUGCAGCCCAUACAAAAGAUCAAUUCCUCUCUGAAGCCAGUUGAUAAAGGGCCAGCUGUUUGUACCUCCAAGACAAAGGAGACAGAGAAAUCGAACCCUUCUAAUGACACUGUGCCAUCAGGACGAAGUAAAUGCAGUAAUAACAAAGUUCUUGCACCAGUCCGAGUGCCAGUGAAAGGAUCUGAGCCAUUUCCAGAGCCUAAGGAGAAGAGCAGUCUUGAAGCUGCUGAAGCCUGGUUAGAGGAGGCCAGAAAGGAGGCUGGCAUAAGUAGACCUCUUACUGAUCUGACAGCAUCUCAGAUGGAACAGCUGCAGCAGAGGGCCGAGUAUCUAAAACAGCAACGUGACAGGCUGUUAGCUAUGAAAAAAGACCAGAAACCCAAAGAGACAACAGAAAGUCUACCACUGACUGAGACUAAGCAGAACAUCGAUUCUUCACUUAAUCUCUACGUAUGCAAUUCAGAAAAAAAGAAGGAAUUACUAUACAAAUCUGGUAGAACAUGUGAACUGGAAAUGUCAGAAGAAGAAAGGAAGAAGAUUGAGAAAAGGAAACACUUGGCUGAAAAACUCAAACAAGAAGUAAUCAAAAAAUAACAUCACGGAAUAUUUUUCUUACAUGCUAAGAAAUAUUCCUUAUUGCUGAUGUCCAUGAUGGCAACCAGCAAACAUAAGAUUAUCUGGAGUUGAACUGCAGAGUCUGCACCAGAGGAGCAGCCCUAAGCACUGCAUCCAUGUGUAUUUUAACUGCUUUUAUGUGACUGAUAAAUUUACUGUGCUGCAGAUUCCUUUACCAGCUUCAGGUUUUGACACUUCUUGUUUUAGCAGUGUGCUUAUUGCUGAAGACGAGGGCCUCAUGGCCUUGUUAGCAUAAGGUACCCUUCAAAGGUAAGAAUUUCAUUGGUCCUCCAUAUUAAAAAGCAGUGACAAUGCAAUCUUAUUAAAUAAAUGGAAUACAAAAAUACGGCAGCAUUUGUUC